AUGAAAGUAGUGCCAGAGCCGCCCAGAGCUGUUUUAACUCUGCAGCCUCAACGGACACCGACGGGGAUAUACCAAGGAGAGACCGUCACUCUCCGAUGUGACAUACAGGACGACGGAGUCGCUGACUGGGAGUACCAGUGGUACAGAGGUCUUAACGGCCUCGUUUACUCCUCCAGUCAGAAUGAAUGCCGUCUCGGUCCUGUUGAAGCGGCUCAUAAUGGUGUCUACAGCUGCAUGGGAGUGCGGAGGAGCAACUCCCAGAAGUCCAGCGUCAGCGAGGACGUCACACUAACCGUGUCAUGGAAGGUUUCUCCUCACCUGACCAUGUCUCCUUCAUGGUGGGUGAAUGCUGGAGACUCAGUAACGCUGAGCUGUGAGGUUGGAGAUGCGUAUACAGGCUGGACGUUCUCCUGGUACAAGACUGUACCCUACAGGGAAGGGUUCCCCUCUUAUCCAGACAAGGACUUCUUUCCAGAGCUGCUACCGGACAGUGACGGAGGGGCUGGAGGCUCCUACUCUCUCAGCCUGGUUGGUCUGAGUCACAGAGAGAGAUAUGUGUGUAGAGCUGAGAGAGGAGACCCAGUCUAUUACACAGACUUCAGUGAACUCCAGUUUCUCUGGGUAGAAGGUCUGUCUCCUUCAGCCUCUCUGACUGUCAGUCCCAACAGAGUUCAGUUCUUUUACAAUGAGUCUGUCUCGCUGGGCUGUGCUGUGCAGGGGGACUCUAAUAGAUGGAGAGUGAAGAGGUACUUGCGAUGGGAAGAACCCAAAGUAUUAGAGUGUCCUACUGACUGGGGAUCAGUGACAGGAUCCACGUGCAUCUUCACAACUACAGAUGUCUGGUCAGACACUGGCGUGUACUGGUGUGAGUCUGAGUCGGGAGAGUACAGUAAUGCCGUCAACAUCACAGUGACCCUUAAGGGCGUGGCCCUGGAAAGCCCCGCCCUUCCUGUGACUGAGGGAGAUUCUGUGACUCUACGCUGCAGAUAUCAGGGGACCCCAUCAAACCUCAGUGCCGAGUUUCAUAAAUGGAUGGACAAUGGCUACCUCACUAAGACUGAGCUAACAGGAGAGAUGACCAUCCCUGCAGCAACAAAGUCAGAUGAAGGAUGGUACCGGUGUAAACAACUCGACCAGGGAGAAUCACAUGGGAGCUGGGUGUCUAUCUCUUCCUCCUCUCCUCCAGACCCAGUGUGGUCCAUCUCUUUGCUCAUUCUGCUGUGUAGUUUAUUGGUGGUUUCUAUCUUCCUGCUGGUGACCAUUGCACUGGUGGUGAAAUGCUGUAAGGCUCGAGAGGUACCCGCGGCGUACAGAGGUACCCGCGGCGUACAGAGGUACCCGCGGCGUACAGGGGUACCCGCGGCGUACAGGGGUACCCGCGGCGUACAGGGGUAA